UCUUCCCUCCAAUUCUAACUCACGGAUCGCUCCAUCAGAUCUAAUCUAUGGCCUCUUCUUCUGCACUAGUAGAUCCUUCCAGGCACUACACCUAUAACCGCAAGCAAAAAUCUCUCGGCCUCUUGUGCACCAAUUUCCUGAGCUUGUAUAAUCGAGAUAGCGUUCACUUGAUCGGCCUUGACGAUGCGGCUGCGCGAUUAGGGGUCGAGAGGCGGCGGAUCUAUGAUAUAGUUAAUGUACUGGAGAGUGUCGGGGUGCUUGCAAGAAAAGCUAAGAAUCAAUAUACUUGGAAAGGAUUUGAGGCAAUUCCUGGGGCCUUACAGGAGCUCAAGGAAGAAGGUUCAAGGGAGAAUUACGAUGCUUUUGAUGGCGGCCACGAAAAUGCAAAAGUAUCAGACGAUGAGGACGAUGAAGAAACAUUGUCCAAUCCUAGUACUGGAAGUCAGAAUGACAAGUCUUGUCCAAACUCCACUCUUCCCAAAGCCACGAAGAAUGAUAACCGAAGGGAAAAGUCUCUGGCACUUCUCACUCAGAAUUUUGUCAAGCUCUUUGUUUGCCAUAAUGUGAGGAUGGAGUUGAUUUCCCUCGAUGAAGCUGCCAGGUUGUUGCUAGGAGAUGCCCAUAAUACGUCAAUAAUGAGAACGAAAGUAAGACGUCUAUAUGAUAUUGCGAAUGUGCUGUCCUCCAUGAACCUCAUUGAGAAGACUCAUACAUCAGACACGAGAAAACCUGCUUUUAGAUGGCUCGGCUUGAAGGGGAAGAUAGAGAAUGAGUCUAUUCACAAUUCAAAACCCAACGAAUCCAGGAAAAGGAUAUUUGGUAAUGAUAUCACAAACAUCAGUUUUAAGAGGAGUAAAGUGGAUUCAUUCUCUAGUGGGGGCUCAAGCCACAAUACUAAGAUAUUAAACAAAGUGGAUGGUGAUAGUUGGCUCGGUCAGGCAGACAAAAGCCAUCAAGAUCAGGAGGACUCAAAGCAGAGUUCAAGGAGCUAUCAGUUUGGUCCUUUCGCUCCCGCCUUCGUCCCCAAAGUGAGUGCCUCUGAGAAUAAUAAUGCCAAGCGGGUCCAUGAUUGGGAUAGCCUGGCAACUGCCUAUCGUCCACAGUAUCAAAACCAAGCUUUGAGAGAACUCUUCAGUCAUUACAUGGAAGCAUGGAAAUCAUGGUACUCAGAAGUCGCUGGCAAGAGGCCCAUCCAUAUUUUGUAAUUUCUGUUCGGUGUAGUCAAAUAACGAGGUACAUCUUUCUCAGGAGAAUCUAAUGUUGGAAAUGCAUGUUCUCCGUGCGCCAGCAUAGAGCUGCCAUCAAGAAAUUGUUAAAGAUCUUUCUGCAAAAUUGAAGUUAGUUAGGAUCAGUUAAGGCAGUUCUUGUGAUUCUUUUUUCGUUCUUUUUUUUUUGGGGUGAUAUUAUUCUAUAUAGUGGCAUUUUUAGCUGUUUUAUGUUAAAUGAUUAGUGUUCUGGGAAGUUUGAGCCCAAGCAUUUCCUCUAGUUUGUGAAGCAAUUACAAAGAGAAAAGCCAACUUCCUUCCUUA